AUGGCGGACAAGGAAGCGACCGUCUUCAUCCUCGACCUUGGCGCGUCGAUGGGCAAGUCUCACAGCGGCCGCAAAGAAUGCGACCUUGACUGGAGCAUGCGCUAUGUUUGGGACAAAAUUACCGAUAUUGUCUCAGCCAAUCGCAAGACUCUGUGCGUCGGCGUGGUUGGUUUACGGACUGAUGGAACGAUAAACAAGCUGAUGGACGAGGACGGGUACGAGAACAUCUCGGUGCUGCAGGAGCUUGGGCCAAUGACCAUGACAUCUCUCAAAACCUUGCAGUCGAGCAUCAAACCGAGCAAGACGUUUGCUGGAGACGCCAUCUCAGCCAUCGUCGUCGCUGUUGACAUGAUUGACACAUUUACCAAGAAGCUCAAAUGGAACCGCAAAAUUGUCAUGAUCACGGAUGCACAAAGCGGCAUUGAUCCUGAUGACAUUGAAGACAUCGCUCACAAGAUCAAUGAUUCCAACAUCAACUUGACUGUUCUUGGCGUCGAUUUCGACGAUCCCGAAUAUGGCUUCAAGGAAGAGGACAAGUCCUCGACGAAGGCGGAGAACGAGAAGACGCUCAAGGCGUUGGCCAGCCAAUGCACCGACGGCGUCUUUGCAUCCAUUGUGGAAGCCAUUGACGAAAUCGACACCCCUCGUGUGAAGCAGGUCAAACCAUAUAAAAGCUAUGACGGCACAUUGGUUCUUGGUGAUCCAGAGAAAUUCCCCUCUGCCCUGACUAUCAAUGUCGAACGCUACUUUAAGACACAUCUCGCCCGACCAAUCGCGGCCAGCACCGUGGUGCUCAAGUCUGAGCAAGAAGGGACACAGUCGACGCAAACCCUGGACGAAGAGGCCAUGGAUGGAGUCGAGUUUUCGGCCGUCAAGCAGGCAAGAACAUACAAAGUCAAUGCCCCAGAUGCGCCGGGAGGGAAAAAGGAUGUUGAGUUCGAAUCACUGGCCAAGGGUUUCGAAUAUGGAAGAACUGCCGUCCACAUCACCGAGUCAGAGCACAACAUCACAAAGCUCGAGACGAUUAAGAGUUUCUCAAUCGUGGGAUUCAUACCGUGGGAUAAAUACGAGCCUUUCCUUAGUAUGGGCGAGGUUUGUGUUACUCACGCCAGGAAAUUUGACGAGAAAUCUGAGCUGGCCAUGUCUUCGCUUGUCUGGGGCUUAAACGAGCUCGAGUCGUAUGCAGUCGCGCGACUUGUGACCAAGGACGGCAAAGACCCGACUUUAGUGCUUCUCGCCCCUGGCCUCGAGCCCGAACUUGAAUGCCUCUACGACAUUCCCCUGCCUUUCGCUGAAGAUGUCAGGGCGUAUAGAUUCCCUCCUCUUGACCAGGUCAUCACUGUAACAGGGCAGACGCUGACUACGCAUCGCUUGUUACCGACUGAUGAGCUAACGGAAGCAAUGAGCGACUUCGUCGAUUCGAUGGACCUUGACUCCUACGGGAUAGACGAUAAAGGUGAACCGGCCGAAUUUGCGCCUGUUGAUGAGACCUACAACCCCAUCAUCCACCGCAUAAAUAAUGCUGUCAAACAGAGGGCAGUACAUUCCGACAAGCCGAUCGAGGACAUACCUUCGGUCCUGCUUCGUUAUGCCAACCCACCACAAGAUCUGAUUGAUCGAGUACAAGAUCGCAUAGAGGAUCUUAUUAAGGAGGCCGAUGUCAAGAAAGUGCCUCCGAAAGCCAAAGGAAGACGUAACAGAGAAGCCGUCAAGCCCAUUUCGGGCCUCGAUGUGGAUGCUCUACUCGGCGAAGACAGCAAGGGCCAAAUCACACCCGAAAACGCUGUGCCUGACUUCAAGCGGGCUAUGGCCACCUCGGAAGAAAUGUCAGACAUUCAAGACGCUGCAAAGCAAAUGGCCGAUGUUAUCGAGUCAUUGGUUACCGACAGCUUCGGCGAUAGCAAAUACGCCCAGGCUGUGGAGUGCAUCGGCGUCAUGCGUGAGGAGCUAAUAAACAUGGAAGAACCUGAAAUGUACAACACGUUUGUACGAGACCUCAAGAAAAGUCUUCUUUCAGGCAGCCUGGGUGGCGACCGGCGAGACUUUUGGUUCAAGCUGCGCUGGUCGCGACUGGGCUUGAUUGAGCAGAGCCAGUCGGAUGUGUCCAAGGUUACAGCAGACGAAGCAGACGAGUUUUACAAAUCUAGAUAG